CCCACUCUGCCGUACUCCGCCUUAUCAUUCAAUACCGGAAGAAGGGAGGUCCUUUUCCCCCGCAGACUCCAACAUGGCAAGAGGACCGAAGAAGCACCUGAAGCGCGUCGCGGCGCCGAAGCACUGGAUGCUCGACAAGCUCACCGGAGUGUUUGCUCCUCGCCCCUCCACCGGUCCCCACAAGCUGAGGGAGUGCCUGCCCCUCAUCAUCUUCCUGAGGAACCGCCUCAAGUACGCCCUGACCGGAGAUGAGGUGAAGAAGAUCUGCAUGCAGAGGUUCAUCAAGAUCGACGGCAAAGUCCGCACCGACGUCACCUACCCCGCUGGAUUCAUGGAUGUGAUCAGCAUCGAGAAGACCGGAGAGCACUUCCGUCUGAUCUACGAUGUGAAGGGACGUUUCACCGUCCACCGCAUCACCGCCGAGGAGGCCAAGUACAAGCUGUGCAAGGUGAAGAAGCUCAUGGUCGGCACCAAGGGAAUCCCCCACCUGGUGACCCACGACGCCCGCACCAUCCGCUACCCCGACCCCCUCAUCAAGGUCAACGACACGAUCCGCAUCGACCUGGACACCGGCAAGAUCACCGACUUCAUCAAGUUUGAUACCGGAAACUUGUGCAUGGUGACCGGCGGCGCUAACUUGGGGCGUAUCGGUGUGAUCACCAACAGGGAGCGUCACCCCGGAUCCUUCGAUGUGGUCCACGUGAAGGACAGCACCGGAAACAACUUCGCCACCAGGCUCUCCAACAUCUUUAUUGUCGGCAAGGGCAACAAGCCGUGGGUGUCCCUGCCCAGAGGAAAGGGAAUCCGUCUGACCAUCGCCGAGGAGAGGGACAAGAGGCUGGCCGCCAAGCAGGGCAGCAGCUAAACACAGACAGCCUGAGCCCCUGGUUUUCAAAUAAACUGUUAUUUACAAAACGAAA